AUGACCUUCUUGCCAUUUGCCUCCUCGUUGGCUACAGGUUGGGCCCUCCUAUGCAUCAUUCUUCUUGUGGUACUAUAUGCCUUACGGACACUGGCUGCCUCUCGGAUUGACUUUCCACCUGGUCCCAGACCACUUCCUCUCAUCGGAAAUGUACAUCAAUUACCUACGGAACAUCAGGCGGAGACUUUUUUGGAUUGGGGACUCAAAUAUGGCGAUGUGUUGCAUGUACAUGUAUUUGGACACCCGAUGGUCAUCCUGAGCAGCUUGCAAGCGGCUCGCGAACUUCUGGACAAACGAAGCUCGAUAUACUCUGAUCGGCCUCGGUUCGUAUUAAUGUCGGAACUGAUGGGCUGGAGGAACGCUAGCACACAUUUGAGAUACGGUCCUCGAUUCCGCAAGCAUCGUCGUCUCAUGAACGACGUCUUUAAUCAACGUGCAACAGCUCAAUUUCAAUCUCUACAAGAAAAGGAGACCUUGACUCUUCUUGACGGAUUAUUGAACUCACCGACUGCCUACAUCGAUCAUUUCAAAAGAUAUGCAGCCGCUCUUAUUCUGAAGAUAACGUAUGGAUACGAUGUCCAUUCCGUAGAUGAUCGCCUUGUUCGCCUAGCGGAACGCGCUGGGACAUUGACCGUUCAAGGGGCAGGCUCGCCAGCUGCAACCUUGGUCGACUUCUUUCCGGUCAUGAGGCAUAUCCCCUCUUGGGUGCCGUUCGCCUCGUUCAAAAGAAGGGCACUUGAAACACGGAAAGUGGUCGAUGAUAUGAUGGAUAUACCCUAUGAGCUGGUCAAGGCUAACAUGAGGAAAGGGGUUGCCGUGCCCUGUUAUACAUCCAACCUGCUCGAAGCGCAACGCAAUUCUCAAGAUGGAACUCUAAGCUUCGAAGAUGAGGAGGAUAUCAAAGGAUCCGCUGGGACGCUCUUAACGGCGGCGGAGGAUACGACAGUCGCGUUCAUGCAUAGCUUCUUGCUUGCAAUGGUCCUCCAUCCAGAAAUAUUCAAAAAGGCCCAGGAGGAGAUGGAGCGGGUAACAGGCAGUCAGCGAUUACCAACCAUCAACGAUCGACCCGCACUUCCGUAUCUCGAGUGUGUUACCAAGGAGGUGCUUCGCUGGAACCCGUUAGUACCCUUGGGAAUGCCUCAUCGACUGAUGGAGGAUGAUUAUUAUCGAAACUUCUUCAUUCCAACAGGAACAACCGUCCUCGCAAAUAUUUUUGCUAUUUUGCAAGACUGCCCUCAGCCAGACAUAUUCUGGCCUGAGCGAUAUCUGGACGACCCAACUCUCCUUGAUCCCUUCACCGUCAUAUUUGGCUUCGGCAGACGGAUUUGCCCUGGGAGGCACCUCGCGGACACAAGCGCGUGGUCUGUCAUGGCAAACCUGGUGGCUGCUUUCAACAUUUCGAAAGCUUUGGACCAGAAAGGUCAUGAAAUGACUCCCAAGGUUGAAUUUUGCACUGGUUUCGUAAGACAUCCCAAACCUUUUGAGUGCUCUAUCAAGCCCCGAACGGACAAGCUGCGGGCCCUCAUUAGCCAAGCAAGGGCAGACCUAUAGUGUCUCUGAACUUAAUUAAGCGAAUUUCGUUUCGUUUUCUGUCGCACCCUCUCCAUGCUUUUUUUCCAUUUCUUUUUCUCGUAAGCGUAAGCUCUUAUACCUUGAUGAUACCUAAUUCUCGAACCGGCGUGGCUUUGUACUUUAAAUAAUCAACAUUUGUGGGCCCCUGGAGGCUCCUGCAUUGGGGCCUCGCUAUU